AAAACCAAUAUAUGAAAAACAUAUUUUGAUCAACACUGUUGUAGCUCAUUUUUUUAAAUUCCGCCUAUAGGCCACCCCCCCUCCUCUUCAAGAAAUAAGCCUCCAUCCAAAACCCCUUGCAAAGUUGUACAAGCCCAGGGCCUACAAGGGGCAGUUAACAGUAUAAGGAGUGUUGAAAAUAUAUGUUCUAUAUUGUACAAUGCUCCUGCUAAUGAUUGAUUCAUUUUGGAUGUGUUCUUUUCAGCCAUGCUUAUCAAUAACUAUGUCUUAGAGCAUCCCAACCAGGAGAAUCAAACUCAGUGGCAGGCGUGUCUCAAUGCCAUAGUUGCUGAUUAUCAAAAGAACAACCAGGAUUCUUCCAGAGGAGACCUGUUACAACUUGUAUCAGUUGGUCACAAUCCACAUGUGCUGCUCACAAAGUAUGAGUUGGAAGAUGCGUUGGAAAAGUCCAAGCGUCGGCCAAAGUUCUAUGCCCUGCGCCUGGCAGAGAAGCUCUUUGGACUUGAUGUUUUGAUCAAAUCGACACCUUAUGGAAUUGGAGGAAAAGCUGCUUUAAACCCAGUCAUAUUGGAUGCCAUCAAAUGUAAGAAAACCUUUUUGUGCAAUACUUAAAUUAAAGUUCAGGUAAAUGUUCUCUGGCCAUAUACAAUUAAAGAGUUUGAGUUUUCUGCAGCCAGGAUACUGUCUUUAUUGGUUUGAAAAUUCUAGAGAA